AAAUUCUUGUAAAGCAAAUGUUUGACCAUUUUUAUGUAUACGUUUAUAGAAUAUUUUAUUUGAGUUGCAAUGGAAUACUGUCCAAUAGAUCCUUGUAACAUUCACUCACAAAUGGGUGUCUUUGUAAUAAACGAGAACAUAGGUAGAAAAAACCAACGCAUUUUUUAUACAAAAUUACAGAAUCGCUCGGUAAAAUAUGAUAAUCAUACAUUGAAUACUUUAUUCGCAAAUUCGAAUAAUUUAUCCAUCAUAUCCUCUGUGAUUCUUCAAGUUCACAAUUCCUUUCUAUUUGCCCUUCCAUUUUUUUCUACGCUAUUUUAUCAGUCUUCUGCUGCCAGGCUUUUGCUUCCGAUUGAUUUUACAUACUACUUAUGUUUAACAACAUAAGUAGCAUAUACCAUAGUUUAUAUCGCAAACAUACUGUAUUACCUUGAAGAUGUAGUCACUAGUGAUCACACUAUCAUUAUUUACUCCUUUCGUUAUGGAUUUUAUUUCGAUUUUAAGAUGAUUUUCUUUACUCAUGACUUCAGCUGGUGAACUAUUAAACUUCUGAUGUUUUGGCAAGUAGCCACGACUAAUGGAUCUCAGUUAUCUCAUAGAUGAGAACAUUAUCAUCUAUAAAAAUGAACAGUCGUUUUGGUGUGUCACAAAAAAGCGUGAUUCAGAAAUUGAAUCACCGGGACUCAAUUCAUUGACCUAAA